AUGGUGCUCGCUCAGCUUGGGGGGAGCAUCUCCAAGGCGUUGCAGCGGAUGAGCAACGCUACGAUCAUAGAUGAAAAGGUGCUCAACGAAUGCCUCAACGAGAUCACCCGGGCGCUUCUACAGGCAGAUGUCCAGUUCCGUAUGGUCGCAGACAUGCAGAAGAACAUCAAGAAGGUUGUCAAUCUCGACGACCUGGCGGCUGGCCACAAUAAGCGUCGAAUUAUCCAACAGGUAACGGCGUUUUUUCUGUCUGCUGGUGUUUCCUUGUGCAUCCUCUGUGUUAAUCCGUGUAAAUUGGAGUUGGAUCUGUAAUGUUUGAUGCCAUCUGAAUAUUCCGAUUUCUCUUUGUACAUCCAAGUCGGUAUAUUUGUCGCUCAAUUUUGUUUAAUAUCGGGUAGAACGCCUUAUUAUCUAAGAUCCGAGAUUAGUCUGGGCAUAGUUUGAAGUAUCCUUCUUGGUGAUGCCCCCGGAUGAUUCGGCGUGUUGGAAUUAGAGGAGGAUGCGAAUCCCACGAAUGCAAAUAUCUUAAUCACUGUUAGUAAUGCCCUGAAUGAUAUUUUGUCCCCGCUAACUGUCGAAUGCUUUCUCGUAAUUUUUCUCCAAUUCCAAGUAUUGAGGUGACCCACUUCUGUUUCUUGUACACUGGGAUUUUGAGGCGAGUGAAAACUAGUUUACGCAUAUAUGGAAUAUUGCUGUGAUAUUUAAUCUAGUUUAAAAAUAUUUCAGUCUAGUUUAUGCUGAUAUUUAAUCUUGUGAUACGUAUUCAUGAAUUAUGACCCUAGUUUUUUUCCUCCUCUAGGCUGUUUUUAAUGAGCUCUGCAAGAUGUUGGACCCAGGGAAACCAUCCUUUACACCAAAGAAGGGGAAACCAAGUGUUAUAAUGUUUGUUGGCUUACAAGGUGAUUUAGUUGGUUUUUUAAAAUAUAAUUACUUCUUUGUAGAGGGAUUUUUAAUGCAUAGACUAGUACGGAGCGUACAUAUUCGUCAUGCAAUUGUCAUUUUGUAUAAAUUACAUCAUGGUCAUGCUAGUAUCUCCUUAUAUAGUAGUGGACAGAUGGAUCCUCAUGCGUAAAAGAGGUGGUAUAAACUUUUAUGCAGAUUGUACACUAGCAUACACCAGCAUUCUAAUAUGAGUACAUCUAUUGGUAUUGUCCUUAACAAAAAAGUCAUGAACUUUCGCAUUAGUGAACCGUGUAAGAAAAUCAAGAAUUCAAGCACUUGUUUCGGUUUAAAAUGACAAAAAAAAUAAUAUCAAAAAAUUUAAGAGGGAUUUUCCAUAUAGUGAUGAUCAACUUAGCGCUUAUGCUGCAACAGCUGGUGUUGGUAGGCCUAUGGUGUAUGUGGGAGUAGCUGAAUUUGGUGGUCGAGUCUCAAGUUUUUCUUACUGAAUCUGAUGUUGGGUAGUUGAAGUAUAAAUCCAAUUACAAUGGGUCUAAAGUAGUAGAGUAAGGUUUUGGUCCCCUUAGUUGUCUUGACAACUAUGGGUAGGGCUUGAUGAUUCUGAGAUGAAAUUUAAGUAAUGGUCCAGAAUCCUAGAUGAACGAGUAUUGAAGGCUAUCAGUGACCACCCUUCAGGUGAAGUCAUGCACAGGAUAUGUAUAGAAAGAAAGGCAUUCAAUUAAAAAAAGUGGGAACCCAAAGUGAGAUCUUUGCAACAAUUCAUAUUAUAGAAAUAUCAUCUCCGGGCUUUGAAGGAGAGAAUUUCCGGUUGGCAAUUGGCAAUCUGAGACGUUCCUGGUGUUUUAUUUUUCUCUUAUCCACUGAAACAAAGAAAGUUUUGCUAAGUUCGUCUGCACUGACAACAAGUCAGCGUACAAGUGAUGGUUCAAUUUUGCGGAAGGGUGACAGUGUUGGUUUUUCAUUCAAGAAAUCACGCUCCUUCAUUGUUUACCAAGCAUUAUGUGAAAAUUAAUGCCGUUUUCUUUUUGUGUUUUUUUUUUUUUUACUCAUGAAGUAGCUGUCUAACGGUACAUUUCUACUGCCUUUUUGUGUUUGAAAUUAUGCUAAUGAGGAACUCAGUUAAGAUUUUACUAAUAUUUUUUAGCCAUAUACGUUUUCUCUUCUUCGUAAUGGAGCUUUUUUCCUGGGUCUGUUCGAAAAUGCAGGUUCUGGAAAAACUACAACGUGUACAAAAUAUGCAUACUAUCAUCAAAAGAAAGGCUGGAAACCUGCUCUAGUCUGUGCAGAUACAUUUAGAGCCGGUGCCUUCGAUCAAUUGAAGCAGAAUGCAACCAAAGCGAAAAUUCCAUUUUAUGGAAGGUAGAGAGCCGAACAGUGUCUUUGAAGUCUUUUCGAGAUAACCCCGAACUUAAAGUCUGAUGAUGAUGGCUAUAAUUUUAAGCCAGGACAUAUUCCUACAGCCUCGUAUUUUAAUGGGGUCGCACCAUCCAUUGCCAUUAUCUUCCUAGUCAUUGUAUCAAAGAAAGAGAAAGAAUUCGAACUCUUUUCCUCAACGAGCUUCCUUUUCCUUGGAGCUACCAAUUGUGAAGAACAGAUUUUUUGAAGUAUUCAUCAGAUCCAUCACGAUUAUCGUGUAUCAAUUAUUAUCAAUAACUUUGAGGACUUUGGCUGUCGUUUUACAUUCCGUUCUUUUGUUGAUUAGUUUAUCUGAGUUAAGCUUCCGCAUCAAGUCACUUUCUCAGUGCUACGUAUCCACUUUAUGCGAUUUCUUCCAUAAAACACCUGAAUGUGAUGAUGCUCAGUUAUUCUAAGUGGCAUUUAUGAAAACGUUUGGUGAUUUAGAAACUGCAACACUCCUAUUGUUCAAGUAUCUGUCUUAUUUAUCAUGUUGCUGUUGUUUGAUAUUUUCCCUGAAGCUACACGGAGUCAGAUCCUGUCAAGAUCGCGGAAGAAGGUGUUGAAAGGUUCAAGAAAGAGAGCUGUGACCUCAUUAUUGUUGACACAAGUGGACGCCAUAAACAAGAAGUUGCCCUCUUUGAAGAAAUGCGGCAAGUUUCUGAGGCUACAGUAUGUCUUCGUUUCUGGCUUCAAACAUCUGAUCUUUUUUAGUGUUGAUGUGGUUUGAUUGGCUGAUCUUUCUGUUCUUGUUGUUAUAGAAACCAGAUCUUAUCAUAUUUGUCAUGGACAGCAGUAUUGGGCAAGCUGCUUUUGAUCAAGCACAGGCCUUUAAACAAAGUGUUUCUGUGGGUGCUGUUAUUGUGACAAAGAUGGACGGUCAUGCGAAGGGAGGUGGUGCACUCAGUGCGUAAGUAUUGUCAUCAAGUUGUAUUGAAACUGUGUUGCUAAGUUUAAAUCUUUUUCCGUUUUUCCCUGUUCUCUGGAAAUUGUCUUCCUGGAGGGCUCUUUUAUGUUUUCAUUGGCACAAGUUGGAUUUCUUAAAAACCCACUAGACUUUGAUAAAUACAAUUUACCUUUUCGGGUCCCUAGACUAAUAAUGAUAAUAUUUUUUCUUGCUAGUGCUACAAGAUGAGGAUUUGAAUAGGUUGAUCUAUUGAUUGGCCAUAUCCGUAUACUGAUUAUCCGGUAUCUAACAGAAUAUUACUUCUAUGGUUGAAUGGUUCCAUUUCCCAGGCCAACUGUAAAGGGGAAGAGGAUGAUGCCGAUUUCAAAACGAGAGAUUUGUGUGCCCUAGAUUGGGUUCCUCUUCUCUGUCUUUUCCUCGCCUUUUGUGUCCCCUUCUAUUCGUAUUUUUUCUUCUCCAGCAGCUCCACUUUACAAGAAUUUCGCAAAAAGAGGGACCACAAAUAAUUGUAAAGAUUGUGAUAUAUUUGAUAACCUAAAAAAAUGAGUAUUUAAUCAUACGUACACAGUUGUGACAGCUAUGUUUUUGGUGUUUUUCAAGUAAGAUACGGAGUCCAGGUUGGCCAACCCUGUGGCGCAUACUUUUGUUCAUCUCCAUUUAUCUGCUGUUUAUCCUACCGGACACUCUUCACCAGCACUGCAUUUGUGUGUGUGUGUGGCUAUAACCUGGAUGUUAUCCGCAGUGAUUACAUUUUUUAAUUUGAUUCUUUUGAAUGCAGUGUUGCUGCUACAAAAAGUCCUGUUAUAUUCAUUGGAACUGGGGAGCACAUGGAUGAAUUUGAAGUUUUCGAUGUCAAGCCCUUUGUUAGCCGUCUUUUGGGUAAACUUUUCGCCGGUGUAAUCUGUUUAACCGGUUUCAGUAAUUCAUUAUCUCAUGAUCUUAUUUAUGCGUUUACUGAUUCCAGGUAUGGGUGACUGGUCCGGAUUUAUGGAUAAGAUUCAUGAGGUCGUACCUACGGAUCAGCAACCUGAACUUCUGCAAAAACUAACCGAAGGGAGCUUUACCUUACGGAUAAUGUAUGAGCAAUUUCAGAACAUUCUCAAAAUGGGCCCUAUUGGACAGGUUUGUUCUUUCAUCAAUUCAUCCAUUGCAUGGCCACACGGUACAUCUGCCAAGAGUUUUUAUUUUAGAUGAUGGUCAGUAAAUCUUUACUGGUACAUAGAAUGAGGAGUUCUCCUUCCCUUCAGAAACCCUAGCCUCAUUCGCAUGGAUGACUACCCUACCAUCCACGUCUUGAAUGGUAUGGAUUUGAAGUCAGGAGAGCUUUGUGUGUUGCGUGUCUUGGAUGCUGUCCUCCUUUGUGCGCUUAACGUUUAAUAACUCGAAUAUACCAACAGGUUUUUUUUUUUAAUGAAUAAAUUGGCAUACAUCUUGGACAUGAAAGAACCUUGGCUGAACCCUCACAAGAAUCAUAGUGCAUUGAUCACUGGAUUAGUGCCCUCUUGGGCAUGGUUUCGCUACACACCUCAGAAAUUUCACAUUUUCGAGACAUUCUUUUCUGCUCUUUUUAUAGGAGAGUGAGAACGGUAUUGAACACCAUUUUUCUUCCAUGGAUCCCAUUUAUGGUAAUUUUAACUGGGUGGAGUUUCAUUUCUUUCAGGUGUUUUCUAUGAUUCCCGGAUUUAGCUCCGAGUUGAUGCCGAAGGGUCGUGAACAGGAGAGCCAGGCAAAGAUCAAGCGGUACAUGUACAUGAUGGAUUCUAUGACAAAUGAAGGUACCUUCAUGCCAUUCUAUUCUGCCAUAACACAUUCAUUCAUUAUAUGCACGCUAGUCAACUGGUGGGGCCCAGGUCAUGGCCCCACCCAGUUAAUGGGCCCCAUCAGCCUGGCCCAUCCGCCCAUAUCCCCAGCUGCAUAUGUCGAUCAUCAAACCCUUUAUUUUAGUGGGCUCCACGUUCUCUAUAUCUCUAAAGGCAGAGCACCUCCAUGUUAAUCAUAAAUCGACCAUCUUGUUCUUUUACAGAGCUGGACAGCAGCAACUUGAAGCUGAUGAACGACUCCCGAAUAAUGCGCAUAGCCCGGGGAUCAGGCCGGCCCAUUGUGGAGGUGAUGGAGAUGCUGGAGGAGUACAAGCGGCUCGCCAAGGUCUGGAGCAAGAUGAAGGGGCUCAAGAUCCCGAAGAAGGGGGAGAUGAGCGCCUUGUCCCGUAACAUAAACGCUCAGCACAUGAGCAAGGUCCUCCCCCCUCAGAUCAUGAAGCAAUUGGGCGGCAUGGGCGGGCUGCAGAACCUGAUGAAGCAGAUGGGCAACAUGGGCAAUCCCAAGGACAUGAUGAAUGGCCUGGUUUGA